AUGUUUGCUUACGGGUGGAUGAGGAGGCACUUGGCGCCGUUUACUAGUGGGGUUUAUGUGAAUUACUCGGAGAGGGAGCUUGGGGGGUCGUAUGCGAAGAUGUACUGGGGAAAGAGCUUGCAGAGGCUCAAAAAGAUUAAGAGGACGUACGAUCCGGAGGGGUUCUUUGCCAACCCGCAGCCCAUUCCCAAGUAGGAAGUGCAGGGUUGCGCUGCACGUAGCUGUUUGUAUGCGUUGGGCAUUAAAGUGGAUGAGGUAUGUCGAGGCAUACUGUCCGUUUGUGUUC